GCGGUGGAGCAGUAGUGGAGAAUCAGUCUAAAUUGACAGUCAACAUGAGAUCAUUCGCAAUACUUGGUUUAAUUGCGGUUUGCGGUCUGCUGUGUGCAGUGGCCGAGGCACAACAAAAUUACGAUGGCCGCAACGGCCCCCACGUAUUCGGCACUCCCGGCAAUCAGGUUUACAUACGGGGUCAAAACGAGGGACCCUACAAUGUGCCCGGAGUGGGUGGUACCUUCCAAAAUUCUCCAGGGCGCGGCGAACAUGUUUAUACCGAUGAGCGCGGAAACACCUUUGUGAACAAUCGGCAUGCGGCCGGUGGAGCAGGCGGUCACAGUAUUUCCGGACCCGAUCUAAGAGCUCAUCGCGGCGGUCUGGGUGCUGGUGGCCCGAACGGUGGUAGUCCUCUUGGUCCUGGCGGUAUCACUGCAUCCCGGGCCGAUGGUCGCACGGUCGGAAUACCUGCACGUGGACGUCGUGGGUUGGUGAGUCACAACAGUCGCAAUCGCCGUCAAACCUUUAGUGUUGGACGCCCAGACCGUCGUGUAGACUUCAGCACCGGACCUGGUGGAAGCGAUUUCGUGGUACAGCGCGGCCGUCGCGACGCCUUCAGCGUUGGACGCCCAGAUCGUCGUGUAGACUUCAGCACCGGACCUGGUGGAAGCGACUAUUUGGUUCAGCGCGGUCGUCGCGACACCUUCAGCGUUGGACGCCCAGAUCGUCGUGUAGACUAUAGCACCGGACCUGGGGGCAGUGAUUUCUUGGUUCAGCGCGGUCGUCGCGACACCUUCAGCGUUGGACGCCCAGAUCGUCGUGUAGACUUUAGUACUGGCCCAGGCGGUAGCGACUAUGUGGUACAGCGCGGACGACGCAGCCCACAAAGGGUUGUGGGUGAUAAUUUCGCAGCACGCGGCGGUGGUGCAGGUGCUUGGAAGGAUAAUGGUGUUUCGAUUUGGAGACGUACGGAUGGUCGUACCGUAACUACGGAUGCGAAUGGCAAUGUCAUCACGUCAGGAAGUCCAAAUGGCAGAGGUCCACAGCACUACUCUGGUUAAGGAUCUGUUCAGGGAAGCGUCGCACGAAGAUGAGGGACUGGAGCAAGAAUGGGUCGAUAACGAAGAAUUAAAAGCUGGGGCAGUGCUGGAAGAUGUGGCCUUCGUCAGUGCGGAGCGUAAUGAAGUAUUGUUGGGUCUAAAUUGCGACACUAGAGAUAAAACGACGAAGCUGUUCACCGUUAAAGGCGUGUAGGAUGCUGUCAUAUUAUAUUAAUGUUAAAUUAAUGAGAUUACGAACAAAAAGAUUGAAUAGGACUUGUAAAUAAACAAAAAAUGUCAAAGAAA